UUUCUCCGCCCCAAAUUCGUCUUCAUCCACUCAUCUUCUUCGAUCUAUAAAUCGUCGCUGACGAAGUUGGAGUCGGCGAAGUUCAUCGGAAUCCUUGUGCUCGUGAUCGGCCAUUCCGCUUGAUUUUAAGGAGUUUGAUCUCGUUUUUGCUAUUCGUAUACAUCUUUUCCUGAAUUAGCUCUUCGAUUUCCUCUAAUUUCAUUUAGUUUAGGUAAUGCGUGAGAUCCCUUGAUCGUUUUUAAUUUUUCCUAAGAAUAAUAUCUGCUUGAUUUUCUUCUAUUUUGAUUGUUUGAGUGGUUGAGAUGUUGAGCUUCUUGGAAGGAAUUAGAGGUUUUGAUAAUUAUACUGAUGUUUUUUAUUUUGUUUGCUAUUUGUUUUAUGCCUGUGGAUGAGCUUCGAUUUUGUGUAUUGUUUUGAAAAUUUGCUUGCAAUAUUUGGGAAUUUUAGUGUCAUUAGUUGAUUUGCUCAGUUUUAUUUGUAAAUUUGAUGAGAAGAUGUGCUCUGUGAACUUGUUUAGCUAGGAUUGCACAGUGUGACCUGGGAAUUGUAUUGGCAUCUUGAAACCGAUUGUAUUGUCAAGAACUUCAUGAGUGAUUGUUAUUGUUAUUGUUAUUGAUGAUUGUAUUUGGGUACACCAGUGAACUGUUCUGAUGCUAUGCUUGUUCUAGAUAGCAGUUGAUAAUGACAAUAGAUUGGAUUAUUCCAUUUGUUUUGACACUGUGUGUCAUAAGUCCUAUGCUGACAGACCUUUUAACCUGCUGAGGAAAAUUUUAACUUCCCUUCAGUGCUGAACAAUUCUCUGUAUUCCUAAAUAGUACAAAUUCAUUUAUUUUCUUAAUGAAAAUUUAAGACUUUAAACAAGCCUUAUAUUCAGUUUUCUGCAACUCAAAAACUUCAGUGAGUGGCAAUUUUUAAAAUAGAAUUAGCAUCAGAAUUGAAGGCACUUUUCCCAUUUUGCUCAACUGCAUUAGUCACGUUCAGCCAUUUGUUGGCUUGUAUAUUUUUCUUUAUCAAAUGAUAUGCUUUCUUGUGUCUCGUGUACCUUGUGUUAUGAGAUCAUGCAGCUGAAACAAACAUCUCAACAAGUAUGCCUUGUGCUACUACCACUUUGUUCGUCUUUUAAGGCGAAGGAAGGUAGGAAGCAGAAUCUCGCUUGCAGGUUUGCCAGUUAAGACAUGUUGGCAGGGAGCAUGGUUGUGGCAAUUGAUUUGCUAGUUAGUUUUAGUUGGGUAGGUUUCCUGGUAUAUAACAGAGUCAGAGGAACAUUCCCCUGUAGUAGAAAAGAACAUAAAAUGAAGCUAGAUAUCGAUGAUAACUUCUUGUAGCUGGUGCAAGUGAGACAAUAUCCAUUCAAUGUCAGAAAAUUCUCAUUGGAUGGGAAGAAGUGAUAGCGACCAAGGUAGGCCUACCAAAAGGUCCUAUCUUCUUGGGAUCAUCAGAUGACGGAAGUAACCCAACGUCUCAUCCCUUUCUUUUCUCAAUUUUUCAUUUUUUAGGAAUUGAUGUUGUGGUGUGUUGUUCUUACCAGAAUCUAUGGCGCAUCUGUUCCUGAGGCACACUUUUAUUCAAAUUCAAGCGAUCAGAUAUUGUUUGGUCACUAUUCACAGCAGGAGACGGAUGAAUUAUUUUAUGCAGGAUAGUUUAUGUCUCAUGGAGUUCUUAUUGCUCCGCCUUUGAUGAAUUUGGAGCAGCCCAACAUUACUUGGAUUUUGUGCUUGGAAUCUCAACAAGCAAUUUACUGCAGUGUUAUAAGCUGGUUUGAUCCGGCAUAAAUGAUUUCUACAUCGUUGGAUGCCUUCAUGUCUGCAGGUUUGCCAGCUCUUUCAGGUGCUUUGCGAUAGGUAUUUGGGCAGAGAAACAUUGGUCAAGAGAUGGGACUCUCAAUCGAUCUCUGUGGGACUCAUGAUUCUGGGGAGCCCAAACAGAUGCAUUAUCCAGAUGAACAAGAAAAUGAUAUGAAGUUGGUCACAGAGUCCUCCUUGCCAUCUGAUCAACUGUGCUUCUCUUCUGAAGAAAAUGAAUGUGAUACAAAUGGCAACUCAAAUGAGGAAAGAGGUCUAAUGGAAUAUGGAUGUCCACACUAUAGAAGAAGAUGCCACAUUCGAGCUCCUUGCUGCAAUCAAAUUUUUGAUUGUCGACAUUGUCAUAAUGAGGCAAUGAAUUCAAUUAAUGUUGACAAAGUGCAUCGGCAUGACCUUCCACGCCAUCAAGUGCAGCAGGUGAUUUGUUCGCUUUGUGGCACCCAACAAGAGGUCCGCCAGGUGUGCAUUAAUUGCGGUGUAUGCAUGGGAAAAUACUUCUGUGCAACAUGCAAGUUGUUCGAUGAUGAUACCUCAAAGCAGCAGUAUCACUGCAAUGGUUGCGGAAUCUGCAGAAUAGGUGGCAGGGAGAACUUCUUUCAUUGCUUCAGAUGCGGAUGUUGCUACUCAGUGCUAUUGAAGAAUAGUCAUGCUUGUGUUGAAGGAGCGAUGCAUCAUGAUUGUCCAGUUUGCUUUGAGUAUCUCUUUGAAUCCACCAAUGAUGUGAGUGUCUUGCCAUGUGGCCACACUAUUCACGUGAAGUGUUUGAAAGAAAUGCAGCAGCAUUUCCAAUAUGCAUGCCCUCUUUGCUCCAAGUCUGUCUGCGACAUGUCAAAAGUAUGGGAGAAACUAGACAUUGAAAUCGCAGCCACACCAAUGCCUGAACUAUACCAAAACAAAAUGGUUCGAAUACUGUGCAAUGACUGUGCCACGGUUUCAGAAGUCCAGUUUCAUGUGGUUGCCCAGAAAUGCCUGAAUUGCAGAUCAUACAAUACUCGCCAGAUGUAGAGUCAUUUCUACUUUUCUACCAUCAGGCCAGUCUUUCCAGACAGCAAGAGGACCACCACAUCUCUGCCCUUGCCCAAAGUGAUCACUCUUUAACUUUUAUGAGGAAAAUAUUUAUCAGUCUUGUGGUCAUUGUGCAUUUUGCAAUGGAAUAUUCUCAUUCACACUGGGCUCCUUCAUAAAAUUUGUUCAGUGUUCAUCUAUGUUAUAAGGCUUGCCAUGAUGAAUGGUCAUGUUAUAAGUUGAUGAUAAAAGUGUUGAGGCUUGCAAUUGUGGUGUAUUGAUAUGUUCUUCUAUGAGGAUUUAAUAUAACAGUUGUGACCGCA